AUGCUCAAGUGGCGGGACAACCCCGAACUCGGUGAGUAACAUGUAGUUGAUGGGGGAAGGUUACUUGAUUAGCUAAUAAACUGGCUUUGCAAGACCUAUAACUACUUCUUUUUGAUCAAAGCACUAUAUUACCCUUGAUCAAAAGAAGUAUAUUAUGAUAGGCAAAAAGAGCUAUAUUAUUUUUGAUUAAAGGCACUAUCCUUGUCUGAUCAAGAUAAUGUCCUUGAUCCAAAAAACCCGAAUGUACUUGCUUGAUCCAAUUGCUCUUGGCUACUUUGGGCCCUUUGAUCCGGUCCCGGGAACGCAAAUGCUAAUUAAUUGGCACAAAAUGGACCAGCACCUGUCUGCAAAUUCGAAAAACGGUCAAAGAUGGCCCAGUAAUUAGUAGGGGCCAUUACUUUUGGAGGGGUGAUGAAAGGUACGUGAAGGCGGAUCUUCUCACGUACUUUUCGAGGCGGGGAUUGCCUGGUUUGAUGGGGCUUGAUCACAUUAAUUUCGGAAAAGUUAAUAGGGUUAGGGGUAAUAUAACUACUGAGAAGGGGGUUCCAGGAAAUUCGCUAAAAUUUUUUAGGGUGGGGGGGGGGGGGGGGGGUAAAAGAUAUUUUUAAUAUAACACGAAUAGGUACCCUUAAGUUCCUUCUCUUAUAAUCUUGGGAAAAUGGAAGUUAUCUCAGUAAAGUUCAAUAUCAAAGUACUGCGCCAAACCCAAAAUAUAUGACACAAGAAGCCGCGUAGGACACGAGACGAUACGGUAGGAAAUGCGAACGCCAAGAUUUUAUUUAUGAAACACGAAACCGCGCGGCCGAAGCGUCGACACCGCGGCUUCAGAAGUACCCGGAAGUGGCUACUGCGUUUCUUUUAUAUCAGCUGUGCUGUGGCCACUCCCGCUUCUCUCGAUCUCGCGCGAGAGGUGAGUCACUAUCUGGAACAGUAGAUUUACAGUGUUUACUGACGUUAUCACUCUCCAAUGCGUCACCUGAAACGUGUCGUCCACAAACAGAUACGUGGAAAUGCAACACGAAACGCGACCGUCGUAUUCGUGCUUGCUUCGAGAUACGACAGGUGACAUGCCAAAGUACAGAUAAUUGCAAAGAAUAUCAGGUGUUAGCAGUUAUUACAGUAUGGAGUUAUAGGAAGUAGCAGAUAAGGCUUUAGACAGUGGGUAAAGUGCUACAAAAGUCAUCGUAUGACACGUAUAGUACCUUGAAAAUAAAAAAAAUCUAAAAUAAGAUAAAAAAUGGUAGUAAACAGGAUCAUUCUGAUCUAUAUUAUUAUACUUGCUAAUAGUUAAAGAUAUUUAAAUGUAAUCAAAAGUAGAACCUUAGACAGAAACAUAUUUACUGUCGCGGAUUAUAGGUAUCUGAUUUAGGAGUGAGAUGCUUAAAUAAGACUUAAAAGUAAACAAUAGUAUUAGUGAAGUCUACGAUCCGACAUGUUUUGGGAUUGCUAAUCGCUCAAUUAUAGUCGGUUUACAUUACGUAUAUCAUAAAUCGAAAGUUUUAUACAUAAUCACGUGAGAUCAAAGGUAAAAUUUAGUAAUAUUGACUGUUAGACUUUGUUAGGAUAUGAUUGGGAUACUAAGGUAAAAAAUGACGGGAUUUUUAGGUUAAAGUACGGUAGGAUUAGGUACGGGAGGGUUUUUGGGAAAAGGGUGAUGAUAAAAGGGUUUUGUUGAACCUCAUAUUAUUGUAGGUAAAAUGGAGUAAAAAAGUUAAAAAUCUGGCAUUUUAAAGUGUUUCUUUUUACUUUUUGACCUUUUCAUUUGUCGUGUAUGAUAGGAAUUGGCUUAUAACUGCGUUUUACUUUGGUAAAUGGAAAGCUUUAUAUGAAAACUACAUAGUAAAUCAAAAAGUUAAGUGCUAGUUUUCUGCAGUGACUGAAGCCCACUAGGUUAACGAAGAUAAAAAUGUUAUCGGUAGAAGUAAUUUUAAAAAUGUAUGACUUCUAUUAUCAGAUAAUAACAAUAAUAUUGAAAGUAUGGGUAAUAAACCCUGUAACAUACGUGUAAAGAAUAGAGUUUACAGUACCAUUCCUGUAAAGAAUAAUGGUUGUUAACAGAAAUAUUCAUGUAAAUACAGAUAUGACUGUUAACAGUACCAAUAACGUAAGAUAUAAUAUGCCUGUAAUAUGGCCGCUCGCAUAAAAAGAGUUGGAAACCUGAGCAUUUCCGGAACAAUUGUUUAGCGACGCUGAAUUCGAGAAGUUCGGAAGCGCUUAAUUCAUGCGCGAAAAGUUGUUUAGGCGGAAGCUGACGCCUCCUAAGAUCAUUCGACCGUCUGGCCGUCCAAACAGUUUGGACCAGCCGGCUCAGCGAAACCGGUGUUGGCCUUUAAGCGAUUUUAAAUACUUAUAAGUGCGGUGGGCAUGGGUUUGGGUUGUUGGUCUUGAACUUCAGGGGCUUUUAGAGUGUACUAACGGGCAAGUUGUUUUAGCAAUGGUUCUGUGAGUAAUCAGUAACUGGACAAAAAGUAUAUAGAAUGGCCAUAUUUAUACUGAUUUUGGCUGUUUUUGGUUAUGGCAUAGUUUCCUUUACAAUUUUCCUCAACUUUAAAAAUAUUAUGUUUUACUGCCCACCCCCACCCACUAAUACCCAUAAAAUCUCUGCACACAACUCCUCUCCUCUAAAUACCCAAAAACCGUCUGUCAAUAAGGCUCUGUAAACACAUAAUAACUGUUGUCGCAACGGCUUACUCGGCCAUGCUUGUAACCUCGAAUGACCGUUCACUUUGUUGUAGACCCGCUCGUUCGAAUGUCGGCCGUGCACCCAGUCGAUGUAGCCGUCGAUCCACAAGUGUUCACCAGCAUCAAGAACUUUGCCCCCACCAAACACUUCAGAUGGUUCCCUUCGUAUCGCUCGUUGACAGCUGUCAUGUUGUGUAUGUGCUUCGCAAGGUGAGAUUUAUGGUCGUUGGGGGUAGACUUUGUUGUUUUAGAGACAUUGUUGUUACCCAAUCAAUUAUACUAUUUAUAUUAAACGAGCUAUUUACGUGUACAUCAACAUGUAUAAAGUAGAGUAGGGUUAGGGGUUGAGUCAUGAUUGAUUGAGGAUAUGGUAGUUUCGAAGUUCUUGAUAAAUGAUGUUUUGAUCAUAUCGUAGUAUCAUACGUUGUGAAAUAACGUAUCUGCUCAAGGACUUUCACAAUUACUUAUACAGUGUCUUAUGACAUAACAUUACAUAAUGCUACAGUAGACAACUUAAAACGCUAACAAAACGAACUAUAACUAAUGUUACAAUAUCCGCCUGAUGAAAAUAAAUUAUAACUAAUAUUACAGUAUCCACAUGAUGAACGGUAACAUGGGUAUGGCAAUUAUCUGUAUGAUAAACGAGACCUCUAUCGAGAACGGGACUACUGUAAUGGAGAACGAUCCCCAGACGGCACCGAAAGUGAAUUGGACUCCAGAAGAGCAGGGCUACAUCUUCGGGGCCUUCAAUGCGGGUCUACUGUGUAUGCUGAUCACCGGGUUCAUGGCCGACAAGUUCAACGCCAAGUGGAUGAUCAUUAUCAGUGUGUUGUUGGCUUCGGCCGCCAACGUCAUGAUUCCAUUGACUUCUCAGAUGCAGUAGGUCUAACUUUAAUUGGCAUUUUGGUUACAAACUUUCUAGAUAUUGAAAUUUCGGUCAAAAAGUUGAUAGAAAAUCCUUACAAUGAUAAUAUUUGCAGUUUUAUAUAAAGUGAUAAUUAGUUACAAGAUUUGCAAUUUAAAUUUUAAAUUCAGUGUCAACUACGCUAUCACAGCCAGAUUCCUGGUUGGCCUGGCUGAUUCCUUAACACAGCCGGCUUUGAAUUCACUGUUAACAAGAUGGUUUCCUCCCUCUGAACGAAGUUACGCCCUUGGUGUUGCUACUGGUGGACGUCAAAUAGGUAUCGUUUACUCUAAACUUUGAAUGUUACCUUAUUUUUGUUUACAAUGUUUGGAUAAGGUGAUAAAAUUAAUUAAAAAAACUUAAUUUCGACUAGUUUUUUUCACUUUGUUGACAUUUUUACCUAUUUUUUGACCAUUUCACUACAAUUUAGAGAUCAAAAAAGCUUGUGGAAUUAAUAUAAUGAUCAAACACGUUUUCACGGUUAAAUCCACCCCACUUUGAGGAUUAACACACGUUGCUUUAGGUACGUUGCUGAUCGUUCCCACCGCCGGAGCGCUGUGUAAUCAGAGCGCGUUCUUUGGUGGCUGGCCGUCCAUCUUCUACUUGUCGGCCCUGACCGGGAUCGUGUUUGUUUUUAUUUACUUACUCGUGGGAGCGGACAAGCCUUCCAAACAGGUAAUCAUACUAUACGUUAUCUGCUGUUACCUUUUUUAUAGCUUUAUCUAGAAGUAAUUAUAAUAUCAAAAUUCUCUUAUUAUCCUUUAUAACUAAACAACCCUCUUUAGAGUUGUAUAUCAGAAGGGGAACUCCGCUACAUCACUUUAUCUAACAGCAGUGAAGACGUCGGAAAGAAGCGAAACGAACGUGAAGUCCCAUGGCUCGAGAUCCUCAAGUCAGGUCCAGUCUGGGCCGCCUUGAUCUCGGUCGUAUGCCACGAGUUUCCUCUCAUGACCAUGAUCAUGUUCUUGCCCAGCUACCUCCACGACGUGUACCAUUAUGAUGCCCAGCAGAAUGGUAUCAUGAGCUCAUUACCUACAGCCUGUCUCUUCUUCGCCAAGCUCGCAUGUUCGUAUCUGAACACAUGGAUGCACAAGAAGACCAGCUGGAACAUCACCACGAUAUCCAAGGUCCUGAAUGGAGUGGGAUCGGCUGGCUUGGCCUUGUUCAUGGUAGCAGCAACCUUCCUGGACGCUAGCAGGGCUUCUUUGGCGGUUGUGUUCCUGUGCUUCAGUAUGGCAUUUACUGGGCUACAUACACCCGGCUGUCAGGCAGCAUUGGUGGCUAUAGCACCAGCGUAUUCUGGUGCCAUUACUGGUCUGACAUUCUUCUUCGUUGCCAUUUCUGGCAUGAUAAACCCUGCCAUGACCAAGUGGAUCGUGCGGACGGGAUCGGCCGACGAGUGGAAUCUUGUGUUCUACAUAUCAACUGUCAUCGCCCUACUACCAGUACUGAUAUUCAGUCUUUGGGGAUCUGCUGAUGUUCAGAGGUAUGUUUAGGUAUCAAAAGGGGUUGAGAAGGUACAUUACCUUAUUUUUCGUUGAUACAGGUACAACAGUAUCUGUAUUACUUUCCUAUAGAAUUUACUAUGGUAUUUUUUGUUACAAUCAACUUUUUUUUUCAGUUGGGCCCGAAGCCCUUCCUACAACGACGAGCAAAAGAAGAAGAACAUCAAAGUAAUCUCAUACACGACGACGGACACAGUCGCUUAA